UCGGUUGUCCAUAUGAGAGAGGCCACCGUCGUCUGCUGCUGUAAUUUGGCUACAGAGAGAAAGAAAAAUACAGUUUAAAUCGAUUUUUAGAGCCUGGAGGACGGAGAUAAACGCCAGGUUUUGGUGUGGAGGGUCCGUACACAUUUUUGGGGUGUGCAUAAAGCCGGCGGCUCAUCCUGAAGCCGCUAGCCUCAGCCUCUCGCCCCGGGACUCGCUCGCUCGGACGGGGCUUUUCAUGCAGCCAUAAAACAACAUCUCCUCUCCACAUUUUCCAUCAGUCCUGCUGCCCGAGGUAACCCCUUCGCCCCCUCCCUUCCCUGUUCCAUCUCCUAAGCGCCUCUUCCCGCCCCCUCUACCCCUCCCCCCGACUAACGCUCCCUCAGAACCCUAGCCCAGUGGCCCUCUUCCUAAAACCCUGUUAGGAAAGCGGGUUUCUCGCCCCGUUUUCCAAGCCUCCCUCUGCUUCUUGCAACCAACCUGCCCAGGAGGGGGGUGAUUGAUUGAUUAACUGACUGACCGCUCUCCCGAAACCCCGGCGAUGUCCUCCAUCCUGCCGUUCACCCCUCCGGUGGUGAAGCGCCUGCUGGGCUGGAAAAAGUCAGCCAGCGGCUCGGGCGGAGCGGGCGGGGGCGGAGAGCAGAACGGCCAGGAGGAGAAAUGGUGCGAGAAGGCCGUGAAGAGCCUGGUGAAGAAGCUGAAGAAGACUGGCCAGCUGGACGAGCUGGAGAAGGCCAUCACCACACAGAACUUAAACACCAAGUGUGUGACCAUCCCCAGCAAUUGCUCUGAAAUUUGGGGACUGAGUACACCAAAUACGAUAGAACAGUGGGAUACCUCAGGCCUAUACAACUACCCUGACCAAACCAGAUCCCUGGACGGCCGUCUGCAGGUGUCCCACCGUAAGGGGCUGCCUCAUGUCAUCUACUGUCGUCUGUGGCGAUGGCCGGACCUGCACAGCCACCACGAGCUGCGCGCCAUCGACACCUGCGAGUACGCCUUCAACCUCAAGAAGGACGAGGUGUGCGUCAACCCCUACCACUACCAGCGGGUGGAGACACCAGUUCUUCCCCCUGUUCUAGUGCCAAGACACACUGAGAUUCUGACUGAACUGCCUCCUCUGGAUGAUUACACCCAUAACAUACCUGAAAACACCAACUUCCCCGCUGGGAUCGAACCCCCCAACAACUAUAUACCAGAGACUCCUCCGCCGGGCUACAUCAGCGAGGAUGGAGAGACGAGUGACCAGCAGUUGAAUCAAAGUAUGGACACAGGCUCUCCUGCUGAACUGUCGCCGAGCACACUCUCGCCCGUCAAUCAUGGCAUGGACCUCCAGCCGGUGACCUAUUCGGAGCCUGCUUUCUGGUGCUCCAUAGCUUACUACGAGCUGAACCAGCGGGUGGGGGAGACCUUCCACGCCUCACAGCCCUCCCUCACCGUGGACGGAUUCACGGACCCCUCCAACUCAGAGCGCUUCUGCCUGGGCCUGCUGUCCAAUGUCAACCGCAACGCCACCGUGGAGAUGACCCGGAGACACAUAGGCCGGGGAGUCAGGCUGUAUUAUAUCGGUGGAGAAGUGUUUGCCGAGUGUCUGAGUGACAGUGCCAUCUUUGUUCAAAGCCCCAACUGUAACCAGAGGUAUGGCUGGCACCCUGCGACCGUCUGCAAAAUCCCCCCAGGUUGUAACCUGAAGAUCUUCAACAACCAGGAAUUUGCCGCCCUCUUGGCCCAGUCAGUGAACCAGGGCUUCGAGGCCGUUUAUCAGCUGACCAGAAUGUGUACCAUUCGCAUGAGCUUCGUCAAGGGAUGGGGAGCCGAGUACAGACGGCAGACUGUGACGAGCACUCCGUGCUGGAUUGAGUUGCACUUGAAUGGCCCACUACAGUGGCUGGACAAGGUUCUGACCCAAAUGGGCUCUCCCACUGUCCGCUGCUCCAGUAUGUCCUAAUCACCACGACGACCACCAUGACGAAGACCCUCCUUUCCCAGAAAAUGACAGAUUUUACAAUCACAACAAAUGACAACUAGAAGAACAACAGACUUGCUAUAAUCCCCUUCUCUCAUAGUUCUCUUUCUUUCUCUGUCUUUCUCUCUCUUUCUCUCACUGUCUUUCUAGCUCUCUUUCUUUCUGAUGUUCUCACUGUUCGGAACUGAACAUGGCACUUGCUGUCACAUCAGCUUCAUGCACCUUUGAUUCUAUCUUUAUUUUUUCUCCCUAAAUCCUCAAUAUUAAAUGUAUUAGUGGUAGAAUUUGAAAUGUAUAUUGAUUUUUUUUUUCCUUAUUAUUUUUUUAAUGAAGACCAGGGAAGGUGUGUCUGUAGUAGGGAAGUACCAGAAGGCAGUUGAUAACUUGGCACAAAAUGUUUCAAAGCAUUCCCUCCCUCCCUUCGAUGAAGUGACCACAUGAACUUUUUGCCGUAUUUUUUUUUUCCUUUAAUUUUUCUUUUUUCGCUUAACAAAGAGCUUACUUUUGCUGGCAAAAAGUCCAUAUUCCUUAAGCUUAAUAUCAUUGCUGAGACUAAUCAACAAGAUCAAAGUUUGACUGCAUUUUGCCCCUCCCUUCCAGAUUUGCCCCACCCCCCAAACCUUCAGUUUUUAAAAGUAAAAGCCAAAAGACACCUUAUACAUUAACGAUUCACAAUCGUCGUGCCCCAACAACCACUAUAAAAGAAUGUUGCCUUUGAUUUGGAGUGUGCUGUUGUAUGGCAUGCUUCUUCUGAAAUCUAACGUGAACAGAUAGGAAUGUUUAAUAAAAAGGAAACCAAGCAAACUGUAACAAAAUGAAGAAAAAAAAAAAUAACGGACCAAUAUUUUCUUCUGUGUCUCUGUAGAAGCCUGUAUUCGCCCCUCCCUGCUGCCGUUUUGUUCACUAGGUGAAAUGAUGCUCACUAGAUCGCCGUGGAGUGCUUUUGGAGUCUGGUUUCCUUUUUCUUAGAAAACGGUUUCUUUCAGUAUGAGCAAAAAUAUAAUAAAAAAUAAAAUAAAAAUGAUCACACAAUCCAAAUCUUUCAAAAACAAACAAAAAAAAUCCAACCUUUUAAGCUUUAAGUGUUAAUAAAGUAGGUUAUUCUUCACAAUCACGAGAUUUUUUUUCCUUUAUCUUUCUUUUAGCUACUUUUUGUAUUUUCAUGUAUUUUUAUAUAUAAAUAUAUUUAAAAUCUUUAAUGCUCUCUUCCUUUUUAUUAGAAUUGAAUAUUUUUUUAGAUCAUGCCCUCUUUUUAACAGAACAUGGCUUCAUAAUGAAAAUGUCCUACAUCAUACAAAAAGAAAUGUUAGUAGAAAUCUUUCACAAACAGUAUCUCUUUAUAUUCUCCUCUGUUUCCAACUCGAGCUGUUGUCCGAACAUCUUGCCCCGUAAUAUUUACCUGCCUAUUGAUUUUAUUUUUUUAAAUGCCUCAAGCAUAUUUAGGCUGUUUUUUUUUCCUGUUAUGGUCGGGGGGAAACAAAACCCCUUACAUUUAUAUAUAUAUACAUUUUAUUUUUUUUUUUGGCUUCUGGACAAAUGACACCUUGCCUGCCCUGGAUGAUUUUCCACAACCUCCAGUUUUUCUGUAGGAAAACAGCUACCUAAUGUCAGAUGUUGCAGAAACAGACAUGGCAGUGUUCUAUUUGCUUGCAAUUGGGGGUUAAAAAAAGAAGAAAAAAGACAAAAGACUCUUAAAACGAUUUGCUUCUUACAAAGGAGAUUUGUGCAACUUUAGUGUGUGCUUGUUGUACAACUUACUAAUGACUGUGAUCUAGCUGUCUGCCUUUCUUUACUUGUUGUGACAGUGGCAAGAUGUUUGAAAUAUCCAUUCCCCUUCUCCCACCUUUUGUCUCUCUUUAGUUUCAUUGAUCUUAUUACACUUGCGAUUGUACUUAAAGUGCAACUAGUACGGAGAAGACGAGAAGAGGUCAUGGCCUGUUUGAAACCUAAAAGCGGAGGCCAUACAGACACUGGGGACAUUCUGCUUGCCAUUUUUGACUGGGUGUGGAAAGUAUACCAAAUAGAAGAACUGUUAAGUGGCCCAGACAUAUAUGCAUAUACAGUAUGUGUGUAUAUAAUUUUAUUUUACUUUUUAUUUCUCUUUUUUUUUGGCAAAGCAUUUUACAGUUGGUGAGCUUAUUUUACCAUUAGAGAGAUGUAUUGGUAGGACGUGAACGUUAUCAGGCGAUAAGCUUUUCAGGCGUGUUGCAUAUGCAGACUUCAUAAAUACACUAAUAAAAAGUUUUAAUUCUCAUGAA